AUGGAUGUUGCCAAAGGGUUUGGAGCGAUCAAAUCGGAGCUCCCCUUUGCAAAACGUGAAGCUGGUCGGGCAUAUCUGGGGCUGAAGGAGCUGGUAGAGAUAACACGCUUCCUGAAGAGCAUACUGGUCUCGGUAUUGGGGAUGGAGUCUCUCGUUGAAGUCGCAACCCGGCUGGAGAAGCGAGGGCUUCGGGAGUUUUUCAGAGGGUCAGGGUCCGGUAUUUGCCAUCCAUUGACUGAGUCGGAAAAAAAUGAUCUCGAGGUGGAAAGACAGCAAUGGUAUUGGAUAUUUGAACAGACUCGUGGUCCCACAGAACAGCUUUUGGACGCGAUGGACGAAGGCCUUGACCAUACAAUGUGCUCCCUUCGCUUGGGGAAGUCACCUAGGGCACCUGCGUCUGACCUCGAAGCCAACGGAAAUAACACAGCGAGACAUCUAGAGGAAACGAUUGGAUACUUCCUUAGCCAGCGACAAGGGCCAUUGAAGACCUGGCUAGCUUGGAAAGGCAUGGAUCAGCCGUCUCAAAGCGAAUCGUUGAAGAGCAGUGUGAAACCCGCGGAUCCUCAGCUGCAUGAAGAGCAUCAACUUCAGCUAUACAUUUUGCUCGAUAUGCAUUAUUCGUUUAUUGAAUCCGCGAGAAGCAUCCUAAAUCUAGUGCAAUAUGCUGAUGCCAAGAUGAGCGAUGGCACCAUGAAGAAAAAAAGGUUCAUCAUACCAACCUGGAAGCAAAUGAAGAAAUGGCUCUGGGCUUCAUUGUCCAGGGAAGAUGGGGAGCUUGAUUACCAAAAAUACUGCAAAAGAUCUGGUACUGUCAGGGUAUACCUUGAUGAUGUUCUGCAGACGGGCAUGGAUGCGGAACACCUUCCACCCGCAAACACGUGGGAGAGGUUUAGUGACAAACUUCGGACCAUUGCUCACCUAUUUGGCUCUCCGGAGUCCUUUUUUGGUUUCAGAGUGGCCAUAGCCACCAUGACUGUGGCCCUUUUUGCCUUUCUUAGAAACACGCAGCAAUUCUACAUCCAACAGCGUCUCAUCUGGGGCUCAAUCAUGAUUGCAAUUAGCAUGACGGAAACAGCUGGUUCGGGUAUAUACGGACAAUUUCAGCGAUUGUUGGGAACAGCAAUUGGAAUGGUGUUGUCAUACUUUGACUGGUAUAUAGUUGAUGCACACCCAGCAGGUGUCAUUGUGUUUGUCGGCAUCACCAUGGUCUUGACUCACUACCUUUAUCUAAGAUUCCCAACGGAUCCGGUGGUGCCGACGAUAACCAUGGCCACCGUCAUGUUGAUCGUGGGCUAUGCGCUUCAGGUUAAGAAGGUUGGUAUAGCAGUCUCUGAAACCAACGGCCAGCAAUAUCACGCCCUCUACGUGCUUUCGCCCUACCGACUAGCUACUGUCGUUGUCGGCGUCGGUGUUGCCUUUUUCUUCACGAACUUCCCUCGUGUGGUUAGCGUGAGAACGUGCCUCCGAAAAGAUCUCAGUUCCUUUCUGUACCUUCUAGCAUAUUACUCUACCUCCACAUACAAAACGGCCUCCUCACGGUUCAAAAAGCUGGCCGGUGACCGCAGGGGCAAGGAGAGUCUAGAGAGGGCUCUUGAGAAAGCUCGUGUUGGUGUGCUUGCGAAAGAUAUCAUUCUCCUCCAAGGCAUGAAGCUUCACACUGUUUUCGCUGCCUGGGAACCUAGAUUUGGAGGGAAAUUCCCCCAAGGCACGUACAACAAACUGGUUGAACACGCACAGAAUAUACUCUACUGUUCGGCACUAAUGGUAUCCAUCACCAAUUCAUUCCAAGACCUGAUCACUAGUGUCGCCGCCAACCCCGGAUACUCCGAACUAUGGUCUGGAAACUUCGAACAAUUAGUUACUGCCCUGGAUUCAUCAUCCCACGAUAUAUCAUCGCUACUCAUCGCUCUUUCAAGUGCCAUACGAAGCAAGAGGCCACUUCCUUUCUGUGUCAAAGCCCCUAAAAUCCGUCUCCUUACCGAGAUUAUUGCCGAUCUCGAGGGUAGACUGCUUAGUACACAACAUGUUUGCGAGCCGCCCUACUCAGCAUUUGCGGCAUUGGAAGUGACCAUGGCUCUCAUAACGGAUGAUGCUUCUCAAAUGCUGUCGGAGACAAAGAAGCUUGUUGGGGAGUUGGACAUCCUCGGAGAUAUCGUUAGGAACAAACGCUUACCCUCUAGCGUGCGUUCAAUUAUGGCGGAGGAGACGACCUAG